AGAGAACGAAAAUUUACUAAGCAACUUCCAAAUGUUGCGAACAUUUGCGAUAUUUGACGGCGAGUGGUUUCGAAAUCAAUUCUUUCUUCCAACUUUCUCCGACCUUAUCAAUGGUUUUGCCUGUGUUGUUGUGUGGGUUUCGUAUGCGGGUAGCGGGUGGUAGCGAAGACAGCAAGCGGUAAACCACAGAGUGUGUGACGUUUCUCUUAUACGCAGACUGGUAUAUGUCUGCGAGUCGGGCCUUCGUAGCGGGUUUCCUUUGUGUGAGUGUUCGUGGAGUGUUUUUUUGUGUUGACGGGGUACAAGUGACAGCCAGUUUCCGCGUCAAGUGAAUAACCCCGUCGCGUAAGAACAUUUGCGUACCGUUUUGUCACAGAGCAGUCAUGUACACUGUGAUACUCUAGAGAACAAGGCGGUCAGAUUGCUCUGACUGAUUGUCUGUCAUCUUUUAAUCGAAUCAUGGCCAGCUUAUUAGGUCUCCCAAUUGGCUCGCAACUCUUUGACUAAUCCGUCUGGACAGGCAUAUCAUGUACAAUUAAGAGAGACAAGUAAAUAGCACUAAGUUUCACAAUGGUAAAGCUUUUCCAUAUUGCGGUACUUUAUAAGUACCAGUCAAAGGUGACGCUAAUGACGGCAGCUAGCGACCUUUCAUCAAUUGGUUUCUUCCAGCGAUCUAGUGCGGCGGAGUUUAUGAAAUUUACAUCGAGCGUCGUUGUCGAAAGAAUGCAACUUACCACCAGAACCACAAUCAAAGAAGGAGAGUACAUGUGCCACUGUUACUUACGUUGCGAUGGCCUGUCGGGUGUACUGAUUUCGGAUCACGAAUAUCCCAACAGAGUCGCUCAUACGUUUAUUAAUAAGGUCUUAGAUGAUUUUGCGGCGAAGUACCCUCCUGAUACCUGGUCAUCGGGAAGCUCGUUCCCCUUACCGGGUUUGGAGGCCCAGUUGGCCAAGUUCCAAACCCCCAAUCAGGCGGACGCUAUGUUAAGAAUCCAGGCUGAUCUAGACGAGACGAAAAUUAUUCUACAUAACACGAUCGAGGCAGUUUUGGAGAGAGGAGAAAAACUCGACGAUCUUGUCGCCAAAUCAGAUGAUCUCAGCUCUCAGAGUAAAAUGUUUUACAAAACGGCGCGAAAGACAAAUCAGUGCUGUGUUCUUCUCUAGACUGCGCAAUGUUUUCUCGUGAAUUCUAAGUGUGCGUCGUGAUCCUGUGGGA